AAAAAAUAAAAACAAAAAAAAUAAGAGAGAAAAUGGGUUCUAAGUACUCUUCUUCCUCCCAUUUUCUUUUGUCUUCAAAGCAAAAAACUUUUGUUAUUCUCUUGCUUUUGUUCAUAAUCAUCCCACUCAUCAUUCCUUUUGAGAAGCCAAAUAGUGUUCCUAAUCUCACAAACAGAAUCAAGUUGGUGGAGAAAACAAAUUUAAAGCCUCCUUGGUUUGAUAUCAUAGAAAAUUCCAUUGGUAGAAGCAAUAGCAUUAACAUAGGCCUUGUUAACAUUAACAAAAGUGUGGAAACUACCCUUUAUCAAGAACUAACUUCACUUUAUCCACAAGUGGAGAAAGUGGUAUUCGUUGACUUCGACCACGUCGACGGAAGCUUGACAUGGAAGGAUCUUUUUCCGGUGUGGAUCGACGAGGACGAGAUAAACAGCAAGCCGAAAUGCCAUGACAUGCCAAUGCCAACUUGGGAAGAUUAUAGGGACAUCAAUGUGGUGGUUGCAAGAGUUCCAUGUGGGAACAGAACAAAAAAGGGAGGGGUUAGAGAUGUGUUUAGGUUGCAUGUUAAUUUGGUAGUGGCUAAUUUGGCUGUGGAGAGUGGUUGGGUGAAGAAAUUGGAUUCUUAUGAACAAGUUUAUGUUGUGUUCAUUGGGCCUUGUGAGCCCAUGAUUGAGAUUUUCAGGUGUGAUGAUUUGUUGUUGCAUGAUUCAAUGGGUGAGUUUUGGGUUUAUGAACCUGAUUUGAGAAGCUUAAGGCAGAAGACAUUGAUGCCUGUUGGUUCAUGCCAGAUUGCUCCUCCUUAUGCUGAAAUAGGCAAAGAGGUAUGGAGGGGCUACAUGUCACAAUCAGCAGCAACAGAAAAUUACAAUCAAACCAUGAUGAAGUUACCAAGAUUUGCCUAUGUUACAAUUCUUCACUCAUCAGAAGCAUAUGUUUGUGGUGCAAUAGCAUUAGCACAAAGCCUCCUUCAAAGAGAAUCAAGCACCCUUCAAUACAACAAUUACAUCAUAGAUCUUGUUCUUCUUGCAGAUGAUUCAAUUACUCCCAAAUCCAUAAGGGGUCUCAAAGCUGCAGGGUGGAAAAUCAAGCGCAUAGAAAGGAUCCUUAACCCUUUUGCUGAAAAGGGUACCUACAAUGAAUGGAACUAUAGCAAAUUAAGAAUAUGGCAACUCACUAUGUAUGACAAAAUCAUAUUCCUAGAUUCUGACCUAUUAGUCCUCAAGAACAUUGACGAUUUCUUUAGUUACCCUCAAUUAUCCGCCGCGCCUAACGAUUUCACGUUGUUUAAUUCGGGGAUGAUGGUGAUCGAGCCGUCGCAAUGCAUGUUCAAACACUUGCUAGACAAAACUUUAGAGAUCAAAUCAUAUAAUGGUGGUGACCAAGGUUUAAUCAAUGAAGUAAUAACAUGGUGGCAUAGGUUACCAAGAAAAGUUAAUUUCCUUAAGAUCUUUGAGCCUUUGCCAGGGGAGAAUGAGAGACAUGAGAUACCAAACGAGUUGUAUGUGAUGCAUUACUUGGGGUUGAAGCCAUGGAUGUGUUACAGGAACUAUGAUUGUAAUUGGGACAUGUUAAAAUUACAUGUUUUUGCUAGUGAUUCAGCACACCAAAGGUGGUGGGAGGUUUAUGACAACAUGCCAAAAGUGUUGCAAAGCUAUUGUGGACUUUCUAAGAAGAUGGAUGAGAGGAACAUGAAGAGGAGACAGAGGGCAAGAAAUAAUAGAAAUUUCAAUGAUGAUCAUUGGAACAUUCAGGUUAAGGAUCCAAGAAGGAACCGUCUUGCGGAUCAUUAUAAUUAAUUAAUGAUUAAUGUUAGGACAGUUGGAGGUAUCUUCUGAUCAAUCAAUCUACAUGAUGACAUAAUAUUUUGGAUCAAACUCUUGAGCCAAAAACACUCGCGACUAGCUUCAUAUAUCGCGAGUAUUUCAACAUGAUUAGAGGAGGUUGCUGGUAUCGUCUGUUUCGUGGACCUCCAUGAUAUAGUUGUACCACCAUAUGCGAACAGAUAUCCUAUUUGAGAUCUCCCUUUAUGUGGAUCAGACAAGUAUUCAACAUUUGCAUAGCCAACUAAUUGUGACUUGGAUUCAUAUAGAUAAUACAAUCCCAUGUCAACCGUUUCUCGAAGAUAUCUAAAGAUUUAUUUAAUUCCAUUCCAAUGUCUUCUGGUUGGAGAGGAACUAUACCUUGCUAGUAAAUUCACAGCAAAUGAUAUAUCGGGUCUUGUAUUAUUAGCAAGAUAUAUUAGCGCUCCAAUGGUACUAAGAUAUGGUACUUCAAGACAAAGGAUAUCUUUAUUUUCUU